AUUCAGCACCCCACUAACCUAGCUGAGAAAAUAUGAAUAAAAAGUAUAUUUAUUAUGUAGAUUUUAAAAUUUGAAUAAAAUUAUUAUGUUUGUUUUGGCAAUAAUUUCUGUUCAGUUUGUUAUAUGAAAACAUCAAAUCAACUUCACAUACUCGCAUUUGGUAAUCCAAAUCCGUAUAAAUGCACUAACCAUUUCAUUCUGUUUCGGCGCGCUUUUCAGUAAUCCUUUCUCUGAAGUCUGAAGAAACGCAUAGAGAGUGAUAAUAAUGGCGGUUCGUGUCUCGCUCGUCUUAUACUUCUUCAUUUCAGCUGCGAUCGCCUGCGCCGCAGUUGGACAAGCCGGAUCGAGCACUUUCGCCGGCGACAAUCUGAUCAGGCAGGUUGUUUCCGACGGCGGCUUGCAUGAUGAAGUCGAGAACGCUAUUCUCCAAGUCAUCGGCUCCGCUCCACGCGCUCUCUCCUUCGCUCGCUUCGCGCUCAAAUAUGGAAAGAGGUAUGAAAGUGCUGAGGAGAUGAAGCGUAGGUUCAGUGUAUUUAAGGAAAGUUUGAAGACAAUCAGGUCGCAUAACAAGAGGGGACUCUCUUACAAACUUGGUGUUAAUGAGUUUGCUGACAUGACAUGGGAUGAGUUCCGAACACAGAGACUAGGAGCUGCUCAGAACUGUUCUGCAACCUCAAAGGGCAAUAUUACACGCAGUGAUGUUACCCUCCCUCCGACGAAAGACUGGAGGCAAGAUGGCAUCAUAAGCCCAGUAAAAAGCCAAGGCGGAUGUGGGGCUUGCUGGGCAUUCAGCACCACUGGAGCUCUGGAAGCUGCAUAUGCUCAGGCAUCUGGGAAACCAAUUUCCCUCUCUGAACAGCAGCUUGUGGACUGUGCUGGAGCUUUUAACAACUAUGGCUGCCAGGGUGGAUUGCCAUCAUACGCCUUCGAGUAUAUCAAAUACAAUGGCGGUCUUGACACCGAGCAAUCAUAUCCAUACGCUGGAAAAGAUGGCGUGUGCAAAUUCACAUCGGGAACCAUAGGUGUGCAAGUCGUUGACUCUAUCAAUAUUACCCAGGGCGCAGAAGAUGAACUAUUGUAUGCAGUUGGAAUGAUUAGGCCAGUUAGUGUUGCAUUUCAGGCGGUUGAUGGUUUCAGCUUAUAUAAGAGUGGUGUCUACAUCAGCACCAUUUGUGGGAACACUUCCAUGGAUUUGAACCAUGCUGUUCUUGCUGUGGGCUAUGGAGUGGAAAAUGGUGUCCAAUAUUGGCUCUUAAAAAACUCAUGGGGAGAUCAAUGGGGUGAGAAUGGAUACUUCAAAAUGCAGAUGGGAAAGAACAUGUGUGGUAUGUUUCUCUACCAAUUAAGACAUCCUUUCUUCAUAUUCACCAGACACCCUCUCAGUUUUACUAGACCUCUAUUGUUAUUGCUGAUUCAAACAUCUAAAAUAUGGAUAAAAGGAAUUAUGUACCUUGUUUUGUGAUCUUUAUCGACCAAUGUUAUACCGCGAGGCAUGACUCGCACUGCAACCAUGUAUGUAUAUGGAGAGUGGAGACUGAAAUUACACAGGUA